AUGUACCUUUCCAUCUGUUGCUGUUUCCUCCUCUGGGCUCCUGCCCUGACGCUCAAAAACCUGAACUACUCCGUGCCGGAGGAGCAAGGCGCCGGCACGGUGAUCGGUAACAUCGGCAAGGAUGCUCGACUGCAGCCCGGGCUUCCGCCCUCAGAGCGAGGCGGCGGUGGUGGCGGGCGAAGCAAGUCUAGCAGCUAUCGGGUGCUAGAGAACUCGGCGCCGCACCUGCUGGACGUGGAAGCGGACAGCGGGCUCCUCUACACUAAACAACGCAUUGACCGCGAGUCUCUGUGCCGCCACAACGCCAAGUGCCAGCUGUCCCUCGAGGUGUUCGCCAAUGACAAGGAGAUCUGUAUGAUCAAGGUAGAGAUCCAGGACAUCAACGACAACGCUCCCUCCUUCCCCUCGGACCAGAUUGAGAUGGACAUCUCAGAGAACGCAGCCCCGGGCACCCGCUUCCCGCUCACCAGUGCACACGACCCCGACGCCGGCGAGAACGGGCUCCGUACCUACCUGCUGACGCGCGAUGACCACGGCCUGUUCGCGCUGGACGUCAAGUCCCGCGGCGACGGCUCCAAAUUCCCAGAGCUGGUUAUCCAGAAGGCGCUAGACCGCGAGCAGCAGAACCAUCACACUCUGGUGCUGACCGCCCUGGACGGCGGCGAGCCGCCGCGCUCCGCCACGGUGCAGAUCAACGUGAAGGUGAUUGACUCGAACGACAACAGCCCCGUCUUCGAGGCGCCCUCCUACCUGGUGGAGCUGCCCGAAAACGCCCCGCUGGGCACCGUGGUCAUUGAUCUGAACGCCACCGACGCCGACGAGGGUCCCAAUGGCGAAGUGCUCUACUCUUUCAGCAGCUACGUGCCCGACCGCGUGCGGGAGCUCUUCUCCAUCGACCCCAAGACCGGCCUGAUCCGGGUCAAGGGCAACCUGGACUAUGAGGAGAACGGGAUGCUGGAGAUUGACGUGCAGGCCCGAGACCUGGGUCCCAACCCCAUCCCAGCCCACUGCAAGGUCACGGUCAAGCUCAUCGACCGCAACGACAACGCGCCGUCCAUCGGUUUCGUCUCCGUGCGCCAGGGGGCGCUGAGCGAGGCGGCCCCGCCCGGCACCGUCAUAGCCCUGGUGCGGGUCACCGACCGAGACUCGGGCAAGAACGGGCAGCUUCAGUGCCGAGUCCUGGGAGGAGGCGGACCGGGCGGCGGCGGCGGCCUUGGCGGCCCGGGAGGCUCCGUGCCCUUCAAGCUGGAGGAGAACUAUGACAACUUCUUCACGGUGGUGACCGACCGCCCGCUGGACCGCGAGACCCAGGACGAGUACAACGUGACGAUCGUGGCGCGGGACGGGGGCUCGCCUCCACUCAACUCUACCAAGUCGUUCGCCGUCAAGAUUCUGGACGAGAAUGACAACCCGCCUCGUUUCACGAAGGGGCUCUACGUGCUCCAGGUGCACGAAAACAACAUCCCAGGAGAGUAUCUGGGCUCGGUGCUGGCCCAGGACCCCGACCUGGGCCAAAACGGCACGGUGUCCUAUUCCAUCCUGCCCUCGCACAUCGGCGACGUGUCCAUCUACACCUACGUGUCCGUGAACCCCACCAACGGGGCCAUCUACGCCCUGCGCUCCUUUAACUAUGAGCAGACCAAGGCAUUUGAGUUCAAGGUGCUUGCUAAGGACUCCGGGGCGCCCGCGCACUUGGAGAGCAACGCCACGGUGAGGGUGACGGUGCUAGACGUGAAUGACAACGCUCCGGUGAUCGUGCUGCCCACGCUGCAGAACGACACGGCCGAGCUGCAGGUGCCGCGCAACGCCGGUCUGGGCUACCUGGUGAGCACCGUGCGCGCCCUCGACAGCGAUUUCGGCGAGAGCGGGCGCCUCACCUACGAGAUCGUGGACGGGAACGACGACCACCUGUUUGAAAUCGACCCAUCCACCGGUGAGAUCCGCACUCUGCACCCCUUCUGGGAGGACGUGACGCCAGUGGUGGAGCUGGUAGUGAAGGUGACGGACCACGGCAAGCCCACCCUGUCCGCGGUGGCCAAGCUCAUUAUCCGCUCGGUGAGCGGCUCCUUGCCCGAGGGCGUUCCCCGGGUGAACGGCGAGCAGCGCCACUGGGACAUGUCGCUGCCGCUCAUCGUGACCCUGAGCACCAUCUCCAUCAUCCUCCUAGCGGCCAUGAUCACCAUCGCUGUCAAGUGCAAGCGCGAGAACAAGGAGAUUCGCACUUAUAACUGCCGCAUCGCCGAGUACAGCCACCCGCAGCUGGGCGGGGGCAAGGGCAAGAAGAAGAAGAUCAACAAAAACGAUAUCAUGCUGGUGCAGAGCGAGGUGGAGGAAAGGAACGCCAUGAACGUCAUGAAUGUGGUGAGCAGCCCCUCCCUGGCCACCUCCCCCAUGUACUUCGACUACCAGACGCGCCUGCCGCUCAGCUCGCCUCGGUCCGAGGUGAUGUAUCUCAAACCGGCCUCCAACAACCUGACUGUUCCCCAGGGCCACGCGGGCUGCCACACCAGCUUUACCGGACAAGGGACUAACGCGAGCGAGACCCCAGCCACGCGGAUGUCCAUAAUUCAGACAGACAAUUUUCCCGCAGAGCCCAAUUACAUGGGCAGCAGGCAGCAGUUUGUUCAAAGUAGCUCCACGUUUAAGGACCCAGAAAGAGCCAGCCUGAGAGACAGUGGGCACGGGGACAGUGAUCAGGCUGACAGUGACCAAGACACUAACAAAGGCUCCUGCUGUGACAUGUCUGUUAGGGAGGCGCUCAAGAUGAAAACGACUUCAACUAAAAGCCAACCACUUGAACAAGAACCGGAAGAGUGUGUUAAUUGCACAGAUGAAUGCCGAGUGCUUGGUCAUUCUGACAGGUGCUGGAUGCCACAGUUCCCUGCAACCAAUCAGGCUGAAAAUGCAGAUUACCGCACAAAUCUCUUUGUACCCACAGUUGAAACUAAUGUUGAGACUGAGACUUACGAAACUGUGAAUCCCACUGGGAAAAAGACUUUUUGUACAUUUGGAAAAGACAAGCGAGAGCACACGAUUCUCAUUGCCAAUGUGAAACCUUAUUUAAAAGCCAAACGUGCCCUGAGCCCUCUCCUCCAAGAGGUCCCUUCAGCAUCAAGCAGCCCGACCAAGGCAUGCAUCGAGCCUUGCACUUCCACAAAAGGCUCCUUGGAUGGUUGCGAAGCAAAGCCAGGAGCCCUGGCUGAGGCGAGCAGCCAGUACUUGCCCACUGACAGUCAGUAUCUGUCCCCCAGCAAGCAACCAAGAGACCCUCCCUUCCUGGCUUCUGAGCAGAUGGCAAGGGUCUUUGCAGAUGUGCAUUCAAGAGCCAGCCGGGAUUCCAGUGAGAUGGGCACCGUCCUGGAGCAACUUGACCACCCCGGCCAGGAUCUGGGCAGAGAGGCGGUGGAUGCAGAGGAGGUUGUGAGGGAAAUCGACAAGCUUCUGCAGGACUGCCGGGGAAAUGACCCUGUGGCUGUGAGAAAAGAUAACGAUGGUUUUUUCUGA